AUGACUGGCGAAUACAGACUAACAGUACCACGUGACUUUCUCUGUCCGAUAACUCGAGAAAUUAUGGAGGAUCCUGUAGUACUUAUUGAAGAUGGUCGUUCAUAUGAAUUAUAUGCUAUAGAACGUUGGUUACGCGAUAAUAAUUCUUCACCAAUGACAAAUAAACCUUUGACUGACCGUCGUUAUAUACCUAAUUUUAAUUUAAAAAAUGCUAUAGAAGAAUUCUGUGCUCAACAAGAAUUAGUUUCAGCUACGAAUAGAUUUCUUUCGUUCAAUAUUCAUUAUGGUCGAAUACCUACUGAAUGGGAAGAAAAACCUAUGCUUAAAAUUCGUAUUAGUCUUCUUGGUGGUUCAAAUGUUGGCAAAACUACUCUUGCUCGUUAUCUUCAAUAUGGUGAAAAGGCUAAUUUCGUACAUUUAAGAUCUACAUCAACCAUUGGACCUGAUCUUAUUUUUUUUUAUUUGGAUCAAUUAUAUGAAGACAGAUAUGUUAUCAUUAUUCAAUUGACUGAUAUUCCUGGAAUGGAAAGAUAUGAAUCAUGUUGUGAUAAUCAUUUUCGAAGUUGUCAUGGUGCACUUUUAAUUACGGAUUCAACAGAUAUUGAUACACUUGAACGUAUUGAACUUUAUUGGUAUGAACAAUUACAUACGAAAGGAAAAGAACAUGUAGAAACUACACUUGUUUGUAAUAAAAUUGAUUUAUUCGAAGAAAAUUGUGAUGAUACAUAUAGAAGUAUAUAUUUGGAACGUGCAGAACAUUUUUCAUCAUCACAUAGUAUGACUAUCUGUCAUGUAUCUGCAUUACGUGGUGAUAAUAUUCAAGUUAUGUUUAAACAAUUGAUAUUACGUAUUUUACAGAAUAAAACAUUAUUAAAACAGAUUACAACAAAUAAUGAUCUUAUAUAUGAUACAUCGUCGACCAAGAAAGACAAAAUACAAAAGACAUCAACUAUUCAACUUUUGAAUAGUAGAGCAUCCAGACAAAUUGAUAUCGGUAGAAAUUCACCUAUAAAUUGUUGUAAAUAUUUUUGA